AUGGCGGGCACUUCGGAUACCUCUUUUUCGCCGGAAAGCAAAAAUGGGCAAUUAAUUCGUCGCACCUCCAGACGCGUCGCGCAAAUCGGAGAAUCCAGUAGAUCGGGCUCCGAAAUCCCAUCUCUUCUAACUCGCUGCUCAGAUGGAGCUUCAUCAUCACAGACUCCUCUACCAGUUCGUCAUGAAGACAGGAGUGACGAACUGACUCGAGAUGUGUUGUCACAAGAAGAAGACCGAUUCGCGCCUUUAGGAAUCUCAAUCGAAGAUAUCGAUCCUUUGUUAGACCAUAAAGGACGAAUUGGAGGCGAUAAAAGUUUGAGUUCGAUCAAAACCGUGAACGACAUGCUGAACUCAUGCGGUCUAUUUAACAGCAACGUCACAAUUCUGAUUCCUCGAGCCGACCAGCGCCCCUGGAACCUGCCGGAAGGGUACAUAUGCUUGUACGAGGGUUAUUUUACUGAAUGUCGCCUCCUAUUCCCAAUCCCAGCAUUGAUAUCACUCUACGCCCAAAGACGCAGGAUAGCGAUCUGCCAAUUUGUCCCUGGAGCCAUUUGUAACUUCAUGGCUGCCCUUACCAUAGCAGCCGAAGUCGGAGUUAACAUUGGAGUUCAAUGCUUUGAGCAACUAUCCAACUUCAAGUCAUCAAAGAGUCUGCAUCGCUGGGAAGUGAAUAUGAGACCGGCGCACAAUUUCCUUGCGGGUCAAAGAGUUUCCAAAUUCAAGAAGUGGGUGAACCACUACUUUUAUGUCCGCGUUGAUCAGUACUCGCUCGUUAAUCCAUUGGGUUUCCAUCGGAGAGUGUGGAAUGAAAAUCCUGAUCGUCCAUUUUGCGCAACACGUCUAGCUCCGGACUAUCACCCUGUCAGGAACGCUCUACUAUCCGGGAACAAUCAUCGGUGGGAAUUUAUUAUCCGUAUCCGUGUUGAAACAGCGAUGGGCAAACCCAGGACAACAUUCCCAAGUUUCGCGAGUUCGCUGGGACGAACUGCGGAGCCAGCCGGCUCACGUGUCGUUGAAUCCGACAGUCUCCAGGACCAGUCUGAUGUUGAUCCUGUUCAGGAUCGGACCAUUGUCGAUCCCACUCAGGCUUCCGAAGAAGACGUCGACUUGGUCGAUGUUGCGAAAGGUGAUACCCCUCCCCUAGCUUUAGGGAAUGCCGACCCUCCGAACGAUGAAGAAGAUGUCCCUCAGCUCGGAGCUGGACCAAAAAGGAAGAAGAGGAAACACAAAAAGAAGGCGUCGCAGCCAGCAGCAAACCGCAAACGCUCAGCUGAAGACGCCGGACUGGAAUAUGCCGACCGAUUCCGUCUGGCAAGAGAAAAUGACAAAACGGAUCGGUUUGCCUUUGAGUAUUUCGGUGAUACCCCUUUGGUCACAAGUCGUGAUGCUUCAGGCGAACUUUUCCGAACCUUGAAGAUCUCCAGUCGAAUUCUUCCGUCAGCGGACGAACUGGAGUUCCAACAAGCGUUCCUUGACGUCGCCGAAUCCCACUUAAUGACUACCGCCAGGAUGAAUACGCUGACUCAGUUGUACGAUAGGCGAGUCAAAAGCUAUAAAAAGUCUGGAUUCGAGCUUGAAAAGGUGAAGGAAUGCGCGGAACAAAUCCGAGUUGCCAGCAAAGCUAAGGACGAGAGGAUCAAGGAGCUUGAAGCUUUUCUCGCUGAAAUGGACGAUAUCAUCGCCAAAUCCGAACUGAGGAUUGGCAAACUGAAUUCUCGAGCGCUUAUUCUCGAAGAAGAGAAAUCCAAACUGCAGGGAGCAUGCAACGAGUUGAAAAUCAAACUCGACUUUGAAGUUAAAAGACUUCGGCGGGAUCGUUUGGAGAAGGUGGAGCGAACAGCGAAGAAAGCGCAGACUCGAUUGAAUAAGGUCAAGGCUUAUUUAGUCGAACAAGAGAAGAUUCGCCCCUUGGAAGACCUGUUAAACCAAGCUACCAGGGUGCAGGAAACUGUGCAAUAUCUGAUCGAGAAGGGGGUCGUUAUUCCUGAGGAGCGAAUCGCGGAGAUUGAUAAGAACAAGGCCAAAGCCGAGGAAACUCUCCAAGCGAUCGACGUCCUCGAACUGAAUGAAAACGACCUCGUCAUGUCCCCUGAUCAGCUGGGCUACAGACUUCUUCACCCCGGAACGAUGGCUCCGGACUCCGUCUACCAUCCGUAUGGCUCCAAUGUCGAGAGCUUCCAAGCCGAUUUGACCGGUGCUUUGGACUCUGAUCUUUAA